AGUUGGGAUUUUCCGGGUUGUCGGACGCAGCCAGUUACGCUAACUAAAAGUUAAACGCCACACUGCUCUAGUGUGCCACUUUUACUGAGGUCGAGGACAGAGACGAUACAGCUGAAACCAUGAAGGGGGGAAGCGAGUCGUAUUACAGCGUGUGUGUUAUAUAGCGUAGCCGUAGAUGAACCAGAAUAAAUAGCAAGGGGGGAAAAAAGGAAAAUGUCAACAACGCGGCCCCUCCCAGGCAUGAAGCGAAUCACCGAGCUAACCUGCGCAGUGCCGCCGGGGAACAGCCGCGCUCCUGCCGCUACUAAACUCCUGCCAGAGGCCUGGACCAUCGAUGAGUUUACGGUACACGAAGGCAAAGAACCUGAGUUAAAAUGCGCCAAGUCUCGAGUCGAGCAAGUUUUCCAUGUAGCAUUUACAAUUAUUGGCCUGUUGGACCACACUGUGGGAGCCCACGGAAGUAAGGCAUCUAGGCAAAUCUGGCUUCAGCUGAAGGGGAAAAAAGAGGAUGUUUCAAAAGCCAAGGAGUACGUUAAGGGUCUUUGUGACCCAGAGCUGAGGAAAGAAGAAAGAUAUCCAGUGGACAUGCAUUGCAUCUUUGUUGGUGCUGGUGGCCUCUUUCUGGACCAUUUGCUUCGAGACACGAGCGCUGAGGUGCAGGUGCUGGAGCCGGGCUGCCUGAGGCUGCUGGGUUGUGCUGAAGCCGUGGUAAUGGCACAGAGCCGCGUGCAGCAGUUUGUUGCCCUCUUUCAAGAGAAACGUAGCUUGCCAGCUGAUCGGGAGCCCUCAGUCAAGCGAACCUUUAAAAACUUUGUGGAGGAACGGGCAGACAAAUACACCAUGGAGCUGCUGCUUUUGCCUAGCGCCCUAAAGGAGGAGCUUUUGGGACUGGUGCAGAGCCCUACACAGCUUAUUGUAGACUUGGAACAGGACCGCUCUCAGACCAGCACUCCGGUCACUGAUCUCUCCAACCGAAUCCUGGUUGCAACAUUUGAGGAAAAGUCAUCCACAAAAGACAAGGCUUCCUAUGAGGACAAGGCAUCCAGCCCUGUGCCCAUGUCUGACGUACUGAACGGGCGGCCAACUCAUAAGCGCCGCUCAUCUGAGAGCGAGCAAAGGGACACCAAACGACAGUACUCUCUGGAGAGAAGGGAUGAGGAGCAGGACAGAGAGAAAUGUCGUGAUGACAGCAAAACAAGGACAAGGCCACCUGGCAGGAUGGACAUACUGGUGUUGGACUCUGGGGAUACAUCUGAUGAGGGUGAAGCCGUGAGCCCUGAGACCAACCUGCGGUGUCUGGUGAACUUCUUCAGAACCAUGGGCUACCAGCAGGAUGUCGUAGAGCGGGUAGUGCGUGAAACAGGCCAAACAGAAGACACCUUCCUGCUGCUAGAGCGCAUUGUGGAGGAGAGCCAAAAGAGCCAAGAUACCUCCACUAUGAUUAACCAAUGUCCCACCACCAACUCCACUUACACUCAGCUCAAGGAGAAGGAACGGGUGCAAGGCCGAGCUCUAACAGAGAUCAAGCUAAAGGAGAAUAUCAAAGUGCAAAGCAGUAAUGGUUGGACUCAGAAGAGCCAAACCAUCAGUGCAGCAACACUGGACAAUGAUGACGAUGUCAUAGAGAUCGGGAGAAAAUGCAGGACAGUUGGGCCUCUGGAUCUUAAAUCGGACUCCAGGUUUGAUUACCUGUCACGGGGUGGAUCACAGACUGUGGGGCCCAUGCGGAUGGAGACUGUUACUGCACUGCGCAGUUCUACUAUGGAAACACGACCGAGCUGCUCCUACCAGACCUGUCCACGGGUGCCACUGCCUCACACUGAGCCACCAGCACUGCCAAAGGCCAUUCCUCUUACAGGGAUGUCCCGCUUUCAGCAAUCACUGCGCACCCCUUAUCGGCUGGUCCUCCAAGAUGUCCCCGGGCAACCAGACCUCCGGCACAUCAUCAUAGACGGCAGCAAUGUGGCCAUGGCACAUGGACUCCAUCGAGUCUUCUCUUGUCGUGGGAUUGCAAUUGCCGUAGAAGCCUUCUGGCGAAGGGGACAUCGAGAGAUCACAGUCUUUGUACCCCAGUGGAGGCAGAAAAAAGACCCUAAUAUCACAGAACAACACUUCCUUAAUCAGCUGGAGGACUUGCGUUUGCUGUCCUUCACCCCGUCUAGAGAGUUCUGUGGGAAAAGGAUAACGUCACAUGAUGACAGGUUCUUGCUUCAUUUGGCAGAGAAGACAGGGGGCAUCAUUGUCACUAAUGACAACCUGAGAGACUUUGUUCCACAGUCCGAGGCUUGGAGAAAGAUCAUACAGGAGAGACUCUUGCAGUUCACCUUUGUGGAGGAUCAUUUCAUGAUACCAGAUGAUCCUUUGGGAAAACACGGGCCACUGUUGGAGCAGUUCCUGCGCAAAGACAGCCGAACAACUGCAAGCCCUCUCAUGCCCCCACUGAGGAUGGACCCACAGGCCAAGCCAUCAGUUUAUGCCCAGACACAUGCCUUAUUGCCCACUCAAUCCAAAUCAGUAUCACACUUACCCCAUUCCGGGCCACCUGACUGGCAUCCACCUCGUCCAUCCCCUUCUCCACCUCCACAGCGAUCACCCUUAGAAACUACAGAGCUGAAGAGGAAGCUGUACGACAUUUUCCCUGACCAAAAGCAGCGCAUCGACCGCAUCCUCAAUGACAACCCUUACAUGAGGGACCUGAAUGCUCUGUCAGGCCUUCUACUGGGCUGAGGUCACCAAUGUUAAGACCACACGCACAAACACAAGGCAGUGUUUCAUGUCAGUAUGACUACAGAACAAUAACAAACAAUUUUUUUUUUCUUUUUUUUCUGCUGCAAAUGGGUUAUUUGUUUUAGGGAAUUUUGUUUCCUCUACUAUUUUGCUUUUAAGAUUACAGAAUCCCUCCCAUGUAGCUACAAGCACAAUUAAUACACUUUAGUUUGGAUUUGUGUUAAAAGAAGGGUAAAAAUGUAAAUUCCAAGUGGCAUAUAUUUGAUGUACAUAUUUAUUGCAACUUAUUUCUCUUAAUUUAUCAAUGAAAAAAUCUUUGUUCUAAAAGGUGUUUUAGCCCCUCAGUUGUAUUUAAACUGGCUUUAUAGCAAUGGAUGCUGAAGGACAGAUGCUUGUAUUUGCUGUCAGUUUUGUUAACAAUGAUUUUGGGCUUUGACCCAUCUGAGUCAAACUGAAGAUGCAAUAAAGUGAAAAAAAAAAGAAUACUAAUUUGUAAUACAAUAAUGGCAAUGGACUUCAGUUUAUUGUUAUUAAUGUUUGAAGCAUGAAUGUAAAGUUUCAGAGGAGUUCAUUAGACAGUUUAUAAAUUCAAAUUCAGUUAAAUUACAAUGGCUUCCUACACCUAUAUUACAGCAUACAACUAAUACCUAUUCUAAUUCAGUUAGGUCUGGACAUCCAGACCCAAAUGACUUUAUUUAUGCAGUACUGAAUUCUUAGCAAAAUUCAUAUUACGAAAACCUCUGGCAGUGCCUUGCCAUGUCUUGAUUACUGAACCAGCUCUAAAAGGUGGUGAAUUAAAACAUGAAACUAUGUGGCUGACCUAUGCCUGUAUGAAUCUAAGGAGUUAAGACCAGCUUUUCUACAUUCUCUGAGAGCAAGUUCCUGUACAGUUUUAAAAAGAAAAAAAUCUUUAGACAUUUACAUAAAUUGGAACCACAGUGUUGCACAAUUUCGCUUCCAUUAUGUGUUGAUUGUGUUGAUUAUGCGCAGCAGUGGGUUAUAAUUUGUGGAUUUGUAUAUAAUCUUGGAACUUCUGAGAUUCCUAGGAAAUCACAAAGAAGAAGACCUGUGCAAAACAGCCCAUUAUCCAGGUGAACUGUGGGUAUCUCACAGCGCAGCUGUUCAAACUGCUGUUUUCUUCAGUGGAAGGCAGUGUUAAUAAACAUCAUUUAUGUGUUCAUCAUAUAAAAAAUGAAUUUGAGUGGUCUUUCUCCAUAUUGCUUUUGCACAUGUCGAGGAAAAGCAUGCUCUUGCAGAGCAAUGAUCAUUAUACCCUGAUUGGAAAGCACUGUGCACUUGUUUUAUCAUUACUCAGAAUAUCAUUAUUUAAUAAGUUGAAUCAUUUGUCUGAAUCACCUGGAAUUUAAUCUGUGAUUCAUAUUGAAAUCAUGUUUUUGUUCAUAUCGAAAUUGUGUUUAGAAUGAGAAAGUGUAUUUCUCAAUAGUAGAAGGGGACAUUGCUGUUUUCUGACGGCUGUUCUCAUCUGACCUUGGCUUAGAAGAAAGUGACUUACAUAACACCUUCAUAAAACAGCACCUUCGGUACUAUAUGCAGACAAAGGAUUUGCAUUUUCAUUUUGCAUACACAAUUAUGUGGAACACAGUGCAACAAAUAGAUCAGCUUCUAAGAAUAUCUGACUAAUACCCUGUUAGAAAAGAGUCAGUGCAGAUAGGUAACGUUUGUCACCAUGAACGUUUAUGUUGGCUUACCAUGGGUAUUAUAUCAUAUGACGUCACUAUAAUACCCAUAACGCAAUUCUCAUAACUGAGAUGUAACGUGUUUAUCCUGCAGAAAUCUUGUGAUUCUACUUAUUUUGGAGGAUAAUAUGGACAUAAUGUCAUGUGAUGUGCACAUGAUGUCAGCAGAGUGUGUGUGUGUGUGUGUCUGUAUGUCAUAGUUGUGAAUGUGACAUCCAGUGACUUGUAUGUAACAAGUGGGCAAAAAUACCAGUGGAGACAUGCAAAAAGCUGGUCAGCAAUUAUAGGAAGUGUUUGAUUGCUGUAAUAGCCAAUAAAGGCUUUUCUAUUGAUUAUUGAGAAGGGUAUGAAUAAUUUUGGACAUGCCACUUUUUGUUCAAAUGUAAAUAAAAGCUGAGAAAUAUUUUUUUCCACAAUGAUGCCUCUUGUAC